ACUUCUUCAGUACUAAUUCGGCAGAUUCAGUUGUUUAUAUUUAAAUUUAAACUCCUUAGGCCCGCGAGUGCUAUCUUACACUGACUUUAAACGCUUCUGAAAAUGAGUGGAAACGUCGAUUCAGCAGAAGGAGCCGAGAUAUCAGCUGGGAUGGAAGUCCGGAUCAACCGAAGAAACUUUCCCAUCAACUUGUGGAAUUUGGUGAAUGAUCCUCAGAUUUGUUCAAUCUGCUGGGAUGACAGUGGGGAAGGAAUUCUAAUCUGUCCAGAGGCCUUCAAAGCUGAAGUGCUGUCUAAAACCAACAAGGAGAAGAUUUUCAGAACUACUAAUUUCAUCAGUUUUGUUCGUCAGCUAAACCUGUAUGGCUUCACAAAAGUUUGCCCAGACUAUAAGAUCACAUUGACAGCAGUGAGCUUCAUACAGCACUAUUUUAACCCCAACUUUAAACGGGCCAACCCGGAGCUUCUGGCGAACCUAAAGAGACUCACACCUUCCAACAGGGCCAAGCUUGCCACUGGGCAAGAUGUCUCCAACCACCCAAGUACUUUUCAUCCAGUGCUGAAUUCACCUGACAUCUCUGCUGUUGUUGUUGCAGAGAACCUUUGCUGUAUCCCAGGAUCUUUGGAUUCCAACAUGCCCUGCUCCCAACAAGAAGUGGCCUCCUCCGCUCAUUGUGGCUCUUAUCCUGACUCAUUUAGCCACCUCCAGCACACUGACCAGGAUCCAAACUGGGAAUCAGCUCAUGUCCAGGACGACUUGUUUAGUCAACUCCAGCACACUGACCAGGAUCCAAACGUUGAAUCAGCUCAUGUCCAGGACGACUUAUUUAGUCAACUCCAGCACACUGACCAGGAUCCAAACGUUGAAUCAGCUCAUGUCCAGGACAACUUAUUUAGCCACCUUCUGUACACUGACCAGGAUCCAGAUCCCAGGAAGAAUCACAUGAACCUGGACACUGUAUUCGAUGCAGAAGAUGAAAUGCAGGCUGCUGAUUUCUUCACUCUGCUUGACUUGUGAAGACAGUUAAAUAUCAUUAAUUAUUUAUAUUAUAUUUAUUUGUAUUUAUUUGUAUUUAUUCAAUGAUUCUUAUCAUUAAGCCAUCUCUUGUAUUAUUCUGAAUCAUUCCUUUAAUAAAAAAGACAUAAAACAUGAAUAUGCCAAUAGCUCUUGCAGAGGCAUUGAUUAUAUCAAAUGUAUGCAAUGUAAUAUUUGUAUGAAUUUAAAAUUUGUACAUCAGUCUAAUCAUAACUAUUGUUAUUUAAGAAUAACUAUUUAAAAAAAUGGCAUGCAUUGAUCAUUCUUUUUAGAUUUAAAUAUAAAUUUAGUGCUACUUUGACAAGUAUUAUUUUAAUACAAAUUUGACUUAGCAAUAAAUUCUAACCAUAUCUUAAAGGUGAAUGUAUGAAACAAUGCACAGAAAAGUGGGGCCUGAUGCAU